UGUCAAGGCGCUAAUUUUGUCACAGCACUUUCAGGAUUAUUUUCUAAACUAAAUGGCUUACAUUGAUGUGUACAAGUUACGUCAAAUUAAGUAGUCAGAAAUGAAUCGUUUGAGAAGAACAUUCAGCUUUCGGAAACGAAAAAAGCAGAAUAAGAGUGAGGCUGGUGAUUCUUCGAAACCACAACAAUGGCUAGACGAUGAAGUGAAAAUCAAGGAGGGAUUCUGUAGUUUUCAAGUCAAGUAUUUAGGGAAUAUUGAAGUUUAUGAAUCACGAGGAAUGCAAGUAUGUGAAGAAGCGAUUAAAGCUCUAAGAAAAUCAAAGAAACCGCAAAAAGCUGUUUUAUCUGUCAGUGGUGAUGCUCUACGCGUUUCAGAUGACGUUAGCCAGCAUCUCAUCGUCGAUCAGACAAUUGAAAAAGUUUCAUUUUGUGCUCCUGAUAGAAAUCACGAGAAAGGAUUCGCAUAUAUAUGUCGCGAUGGAGCUACCCGCCGUUGGAUGUGUCACGCCUUUCUUGCCGUCAAGGAAUCCGGUGAACGGUUGUCUCAUGCUGUCGGGUGUGCUUUCGCUAUAUGUUUGGAGAAGAAACAAAGACGCGAACGAGAUGCUCUUCAGUUGGAGGCUUCAGAUGAUCGUCCAACUUUCGCUCGUGUUGGAUCGUUUCGUCCGGCUACUCUCGCCGAACGGCUACUGGAUCCUCAGUCUACUAUUGUUGUCGACCCAGUGCCAAAACCUAAUAAUAUAUCUUCAACAUCACCUACCACUAUAACUCGGGUGUCUUCACCAGUUAACCAUACUGGAGCUAUCCCACGACCCCAUGCUAGUCCAUCAAUUAUUGAGCGACAAGGGUCGCUAAGAAUAUUUCCAAAAUUACAAGAGAAUAGUCCUUUCAAAAGAGAUCUUUCAUUACGUCUUGAAGGAGUUCCUUCAAAUGUACGCCGUUUGACCGGAAUAAUUCAAAGUGCACCUAUAGCGGAGGAACCAGAUACAGAAUUCGAACCAACAAAACUAGGAGUAUUUGCUAAAAAUAAUGGGCGACCUGAAAAAAACGAAUUAGUUACUGUAUGUUCUACGUCUAAUUGUAGCCCACCCAUAGUAGUGGCCAGUUCAUCUUCGAACCUUUCAAUUAUGAAUGGUCUAACUGCAGUAACUCAAUCAUUUGUACCUAAUAGCCAGUUUACAAGUGAUUUCAAUCUUGAUCCUAGAACAUCACAGGCAUUUAUACCUCCAAUUAUUUCGGAUCCUUUUUCUGCUGCUCCAAUCAAUCCAGCUACAAUACAACGGCACUAUCAGAUGGAAUUGCAACAACAGACAGCCCAACAACAACACCAGCAAAUCACAGGUUCUUCACUACUAGGUUCCAAAGCUCCAACGGCUGUUGUUUCAACUAUCAGUUCUACACCAACUUCACCAUUUUUAGGUGGACCACCAAUUGCUGCUCCAACUGUAUCGACUAAUACUUUUAAUUCUAGUCCAUGGGCAGUCACAUAUCCACAGAUGCAACAAUUUAACAAAUCUAUUAUUCAGUAUAGUUCAAAUUUACCCAGUUCUCCUACUGGUACAGUGAAUUCUCAAACAAAUCUAACUUAUCCUUCCAAUGGUGUUUUAAAAUCAGGUGGUUGUGAAGUUGUUAAAUUAUAGUUGGUGAAUGCUGUUUCAAUUCAUGUUAUUAUUAUCAUUAUUAAUUUUCAUUGUUAUUACCUACUUAUCUUCACUACUCUUUAAUCAUUUAUUUUAUCCCAUUACUUUCGAUAUUUUUCUCUUGUCUCCUUACACUUAUUUCAUUUGUUUCUCUAGGUUCUACAAAUCCAUGGUCAUCAUCAAUAGGAUUGAUUGAUGGAAGAAACGUUAGUAAUGCAAACUGGCAACCUUCAUCACCAUCGUCAUUGCCACCUGCUCUUCUACCUCCAGAACCUGAUUGUCUUUCGGAUCCAUUCGAUUUAGGUUGGGUGGAUAGAGCUACAGCUGGUGUAUCGAAUACAUCAAGUGGACGAGGCAUUAGUAAUCCAUUUCUAAUUGCUAAUGGGGGUGGUGAUGAUAUCCCUAAUUCAAAUGCAUCAUCUGUUCAUUAAUUAGAUCAACCAUAUGAUAAUAAUAAUUGUUGUAUAUAAUAUAUAUAUAUAUUUUUCUAUCAACAAAAAGAGUGGGGAUAGAAAUCUGCCUCGUUAAUGAUCAAUGAUAAUUAGAUUCUUCCUCAUUAUUAUCCCUUGUCUCUCUCACCAACUUUGUUUACUCAAUGCAAAACACUUCAUAACAUUUACGAAAUGUCUAGUUUCAGAUAAUUUACAUUAUAUAACAAAGUGUAAUUUGUUGAAUUCUUAAUUUUGUCAGGGCCAUAAGUGAACAAUAUUGUUUCUAAAAAUAGUAGGUCAGUGCCCAUGUAUUCGCAUUCCUUCUUACAUACACAAGAAAUACUUCUUUUUUCUAGGUGCUGUGUUGAUUAUUUUCUCCAUUAUAAAUUAAAACAGCAUAUGACAAUGAUAACAAUAAAGGGUGAUGGAUGCAGAUUACUAUUAAAUUUUGUUUUCUUCAAUAAAAGUUUCAACAGUUUUCGAAAAAAGCGAUAGAUUCUUCUUCUGUAGUGAUGCUGUGAUCUUAAUUUUCUUGUUUUCCUUUUGCUCCGAUUUAAGUUUUUAUCCAUCAUGCUUUGUUUUAAGAACUUGAUAACAUUUUCAUAUAGUGUGAGUGUAUUUUACACAAAAUAUCCAUUAUAUGCAUUACUUCUGUUAUUAUCUAUUUUGUUGCGGUCGCAUAUAUUUGUGUAUUUAUCUCAUUUGUUGUCUUUCUAUCCUCCUCUACAACUUGAUCUCCCUACUCGUUGUGCUUAUUUUAUCUUUUAUCAGAGGACUACAUGUGUAUACAUUGCAUGCAUAUUCUUUCUCCUCAUUAUCCUUAUCAUCAUUUAUACGCAUUGACAAGCUGUUUCGUUCUCUAUGUUUUGAUGUUUCUCGCUUUCAUUUCAUUGAAUAGGUUCCGAAUUUUUCUCAACUUUUUUCUCUUUCCCUGUCGACUUAUAUUCAUUUAUCUAUUUACAUUAUUAAUUUAAUACAUGCUUGAAUCUAAUACAGUCUUGUUAUACAACAUAUUGUUUUAUUUUUUAUCGAAAACAAAAGUUAUUGGGUGAAAAUGAUCUCAUAUUAUUGUUAUUAUUAUUAUUACUAUUAUUAUUAUUAUUAUUAUUAUUAUUAUUAUUAUUAUUAUUAUUAUUAUUAUUAUUAUUAUUAUUAUUAUU